CGCUAUGUACGGGCGCGAGGCGUGCGCCAAACACUCCACCACCACCGCCGCCUACCACCACCACCACCACCAGCACACCGUCUGAAAUCGCCUUCACCACCACUACCAAGCCCAAACGGCGCACCUCGACUCCGUGCCACCUCCGCUGCCUCCAUCAGUCGACCCCGUGCAACGCGGCUCGCCGGCCGCCGCGCGAAAAAUCUACCCUUCGCACAAUAUCGUCGCAACCCUCUUUGCCUCUCGCCCGUCGUCUGCGCGCCUCGUCCCUUUCGCUCGCCUAGUCCGCGACGCAAGUCGUGUGUGCCCUUGGCUCUCCGCUUCCGGAUCACGGCCGAACACCACCUCGCGCGCACUUUAGUCUCCUCCUCCUCCUCCUCCGCCAGUGUGUGACCAACGUCUGCGGAGCGUGGCUGCUCCGGCUAAGGUGUGUUUCGUUUCGGCGAGCGACGUACUAGAACGAAAUAGAUCUCAGAGAGAAAGAGAGAGAGAGAGAGAGAGAGAGAAAAAUAAAAAGAAGAGAGUGAAAACGCGCGUGCGUGUGCAUCGAGGUUGGUCGCUGGUGCGUGUGCGUGUCGAAGGGAAAAAAGGGUCACGGUGAAUCGAAGGGGGGAAAAAAGGGGGUACGUAAAGAGAGAGAGAGAGUAAACGGUGAAACGCGGCGUGGUUGGAGAGAGGAGAGGAUUCCGCGCAAAAGCCGGCUCCACCGGUGGGUCCCCCACUCGCUAACUUGUUGAGUCUCUCACUCUCGGCAGGUGUGCAUCGGCGAAACUCCUCUGUGGACCACGAUGACGGGCCCGGUUCUUCCCUUCCUGUUGCUCGUCUGCGCGAGUCUCGCCCGGGCCAGCGUGUCCGGCCAGAGGAACAACGUGCACAACGACCCGCUUGUGGUCGAGACGACCAGCGGCCUCGUACGCGGAUUCUCGCGCACGAUACUCGACAAGGAGGUGCACAUAUUCUACGGGAUACCGUUCGCCAAGCCGCCGAUCGGACCCCUCCGUUUUAGAAAACCAUUGCCGAUCGAGCCGUGGCACGGCGUGCUGAACGCCACCGUGUUGCCCAACAGCUGCUACCAGGAGAGGUACGAGUACUUCCCCGGGUUCCCCGGCGAGGAGAUGUGGAAUCCGAACACCAACAUCUCCGAGGACUGCCUGUACCUGAACAUCUGGGUGCCGGAGAAGUUCCGUUUGAGGCACAAGGGCUCCGAGGCGCCCAACAACGGCGACAAGAACGGCCUGCCACUUCUCGUGUGGAUCUACGGCGGCGGUUUCAUGAGCGGCACCGCCACGUUGGACGUGUACGACGCUGACAUCAUGGCAGCCACCAGCAACGUGAUCAUCGCCUCGAUGCAGUACAGAGUCGGUGCAUUCGGGUUCCUCUACCUGAACAAGCAUUUCACCAACAGCGAGGAAGCGCCGGGCAACAUGGGACUGUGGGACCAGGCGUUGGCCCUCAGAUGGCUGAGAGACAACGCCGCCGCGUUCGGCGGUGAUCCCGAGCUGAUCACCAUAUUCGGCGAGUCGGCCGGUGGCAGUUCGGUGUCCCUGCACUUGAUCUCGCCGGUAACACGCGGCUUGGUACGCCGUGGUAUCCUUCAGAGUGGAACGUUGAACGCACCGUGGAGCUACAUGACCGGGGAGAAGGCGAACGAAGUGGCCAGGAUACUGGUCGACGACUGUGGCUGCAACUCGACCAUGCUCCAGGAGAAUCCCGCCCGAGUGAUGGCCUGUAUGAGGUCCGUGGACGCGAAGACUAUAUCCGUUCAGCAGUGGAACAGUUACUGGGGCAUCCUAGGCUUCCCGUCCGCUCCCACUAUCGACGGAAUCUUCCUGCCCAAGCAUCCGUUGGAUCUCCUGAGGGAGGCCGACUUCAAGGACACGGAGAUUCUCAUCGGGAACAACGAGAACGAGGCCUUGUUACAAAAGGACGAGAAAGAAAAGUAACCAGAUGUCGAGAAG